UAGAACACACCAAAAAUGCCGAAAAUAUGCCCCAUAGUUUCUGCACCACUUGGCACCAGUUGCAACAUGUUGCAAGCGCAAACAACAAACAAGAAAAAAGAAAAGAACAAGACGCUUUCGUCCAAUCCAAUACAAUCCAAAGCCUCACGUGUUUUGUCUUCUCUAGUACCGGCGCUGUUGGCAAUGGAGCACAUCUUGAAAGGUGGAGACAAGGUGCUGGUUUUGUGGGAGGGUCACGUCAACAGUGAAACAGCCACGGACCUCAAACAGAAAAUUGCAGCUUUGGUCAAAAAAGCUGAACUUUGUCAUUUCGAAAAUGCUGUGAAAUUGCUUGAGUCUGAACACCCAGCGUCCAGUUUUGAUGUCGUGCUCGUUGGUUUUGUCACACCACAGAUGAGACCAAGUUCUGGCACUUUUGCUAACAUUAUUGGUCUCCUAAAGCCAAAUGGAAAGCUUCUUGUCAAGCUAAGUGGAGCAGGUCUGGAUCCUGGCAAUAUUGUUUACAACUUGAAGUUGUCAGGCUUCAUUGACAUCUCCCAGUUUUCAAGCAAUGCAGAGUCUGUGGAAAUAACUUGUUCAAAGCCAAAUUAUGAGAUUGGGUCUUCCUCAAAGCUCCCAUUUGCUGGUACAUCCAUUGGAAGCCAAGAUCCCUCUUCAGAUGUAGGCAAGAUUUGGUCAUUGUCUGCACAAGACAUGCUUGAUGGUGAUGUAGACCUUGUUGAUCCAGACCAGUUGAUUACUGAAGAAGACUUUAAGAAACCAGACCCAAGCGAUCUCAAAGCCUGUGGUGGUGAGAAGAAGCGACGUGCUUGCAAAAACUGUACAUGUGGUCUUGCUGAAGAACUAGACCGUGAAGCAGCUGCCAAGGCUGCUGCCACACAGCAGCCAAAGUCUUCAUGUGGAAACUGCUACCUUGGUGAUGCCUUCCGCUGUGCAAGCUGUCCAUAUCGAGGCUUACCUGCAUUCAAGCCUGGUGAAAAGAUCGUCCUUACCGAAGACCAGCUAGCAGUUGACUCAUAACUAUCAUGUGAAGAAUAUGAACAUCCUAGAGAGAAAAUUGCAUAGGAUAGCCAUUGUGGACAGUUUUGUAACAAGCUGAAACACUGUUGGCAUCUUGACUAUGUAUGCAAUUGUAGUUUAUCACUACAUGACUGCUGUACUACUUUUUUUAGUGUCACUUAAUAAGGUAGUACACGUCACAAUUUUCAGAUUAUGUGUAAGCUCUGUAUACAGCUCUCCAAUGCGAAUGCAUGCAUAUUGAAGAUCCUUUGUUCCUGCUAUACUACGACAAUGUGGAUAUAGUGAUAUUAAAAAAUUGAAUUACGAUGUACAAAGCAUGCAAAGUUCGUACUCCUUUAACGUUAAUUGGAUCAACAGAGCCUAAGUAGCAUAUACAUAUUUGCAUUGUAUGAGGAUAUCCCAGCAGCAAGUCAGGCCUUUAGUUGCUUUGGUGUUCAGACCAGAGAGGUAGAACUGCAGUGUCUCAUCAACAUUGAAUCACAUCUUGAGACCACAAAUUUUUUCUUAUUAAAAAGAAAAUUUAGGUAAUUGUGUGUACUUUUUUGCUGUGAGGACUGAAGUAAUGAUUCUGGAGUCUCGUGCAUUAUUAAUUUAAGUUAUUCAUGCAGUUUUGUUGGACCUUUUAAAAAGCUAUAGUGGAACACAGUACACUGAUGUCAUCACACCAUGCGGUGUGUCCCAGUAGCCAGGAUCUACAUGGAUAAAGCUGAUGUGAUGUAGGUAAUCACUUUGCACAUCUCAGGACAUUGUAUUGUAAUUGGUUAAUUAUUGUCAUCAGUUUCAGCAGUGCUUUAAAGUUUUUAACCUAUUUGAAAGGGACAGUAAAGUGAAUUUCAAUUUUGGGUGA